AUGAUGCGGCCGCCUGUGUCCCGUGGGUCCUGUGAGCCCUCACAGGCACACCACCUCACCCGGAUCCCGCAGCCGCUCUUUUUCCUUUUUCUUGUCGCGCUUCUCCUCUCUACACAUCCCCUCACGCCGGCAGCGGCGUUUCGUUCUUCCCCGAUUGCUUCCGCAGCCAUAGACGCUCAUAUCGAGCUGCCUGAUGGACAAGCGAUUGACAUUCAGCACGCAACCGCCUCCGCCCCGCCCGUGGCUGCGCUCGAUGACACCCUCCCUUCCUCUCGCGAAACCGCAGAGCGCGUGAGUCCAUCCUCCAGUUCUCGAAGCUCCUCAGGUAUGCAUCUGCCUCUUGCGGAGAUGCCUUCCGUGGAAGUCGACGCAGAGAACGUGGACGCUGCGCUCGCCGGUGCCCAGGCAGCUGGCGUCGAGACCCUAGGCGUCGAGGCAGUUUCAGCGGAGACUGUGGAUUCCUCUUUGAAUCAUAGUUUCGCUGCACCUGAAGGAGGGUCUGGUGGCUCGCAGGCCGCGAAGACCGGCUCUGCGUCUCAGAUCGAGGCGGCGGACGCGUCGCCGAGCUCGUUGACCCCUGCGACGGCGGAGGCGCUGGGUGCGGCCGGUGCGUCUGAUUCGUCCUUCUCAGCUUCGCAGCGCGCGCCAGUUGACGGCGGCGAAUCUCCGGCUGGAACGAGUGGAAACGCACGCGCGCAGUCCUUCCGGAGAGCCCAUGUCGGCAGGGACUCAGCGGCAGACACAAGCGGCGUGCCGGGGGAGACGAUGGAGACUGCGGAGGCUGCCGCCGCGGACGCGAACAGUGCAGAGGAGGGGAUCCAAGAGGACAGCGUGAGCGCCGAAUCGCCGCCGUUGGCGCCUGCGUUUGGGCAGCAAGAGGCUCGCGAUGGAAUCUUGGCAGAUGCAGCCGCGACCGGGAGAGAAGAAGACGCCAGACGUGAAGGAAAAGCGGCUGGCGAAGCGGCAAACGGCGAACCUGACUUGUCGGCCUCCGUCGAGGACGACACCCGCCCGUUCAGUUUGUUGUUCCUGGCCAUUGUCGCAGACCUCGUCGCCAUGGCACUCCUCCUCACCAGCAUUCCUGUCGUUCUCAGCGUGAGGCUUGCGAAGGAUUAUUCGCAGUUCGCGGUUCGCGGAACACCAACGCGUGCCUCUCAACAGACUGACCGGAAUCCAGAUGCACAGUGUUCUAUCCCUGAGCCAGCGGCCUCAGGUGUGCGCCAGGCGCAGCCUCAGUCUCGUGGCAAGCCUCGCUCUGCCCUCAAUUGUCGGAACGGGGGAGAAGGGCGCUGGACACCUGUCAGUUCUGCGCGGAGGGUUUGUCCGCAGGCGCGAGGGAGAGGCUGGAAGUUCUGGAAGGCAGAGGAAAUGACUUCGUUCGAAGCGCCAACGUACGCGGAUGGGGGAAUCGCUUCUUUCGACGAGUUCUCUCCAGCGCCCAGUGGAGCAGGCAGCGGCGAUCGCGCGCGGUCGCACUAUUACCGUUACUCAUGA